GUCCUGGACUCCGAAUUACUACAGCCAAUCCAGCGAGCAGAAGAUCUUCCGAUAUGUAUCCAUGGGACCUACUUCAGCAAGUGGAGCCCAAAAAGGAAAUGCCAAGUCCAGAUUUGGAAGCAGAUCAAAGAGGAAGGGUUGAAGCCAAUGGGCCGCAAUCACAUCCACUUCGUGCCCCACGAGGUUGGUUCUCGCACCGUCAUCAGCGGAAUGCGGGAAGAUUGCUCCAUUGCCAUCUACCUGGAUGUGGCGAAGACACUGCAGAAAGGAAUCAAGCUUUACCGCUCAGCUAAUGAUGUGAUCCUUACUCGCGGAGAUCAAUCUGGCACCAUCCCACCCGAGCUCUUCCAGCGCGUGGUGGAAAUCAAGACUGGCCGCUGUUUGUGGCCCGUGGAGGAGCCGCGCGCUGACGAGUGUGACAGCGAUGCUUCCGAGCAGGUUGGAAAUUCUGAUAGCAGCUUCCACCCGCAUGUGACACUGGCGAAAGCCAGUCGAGCAAACGGCAAAGCCCGUAUUCCGAAAGCCUGUUGGCAGGACUUUCAGGACACAGACCUCGGGCCAGUAGUGGUGGAGUCCCUGGAGCUAUGCCGAUUAAAAGGAGACGAAGGAGGAUACUAUGAGAUUGAAGCAGCCGUCCCUCUCUAG